UUACCCAGCCUAUUGAUGCAAUGUGUGAAAGAUCGAGUUGUGUGUAAUUCCAAGUGAAAACCGUGACACUUACGGCUUGCGAAAUAUCUCGUUGAGAUUCGUACGUGAUUUCAUCAACUCCAGCAUUUUCUGGUAGAAUUUUCACGAAUCGUCUAUUUCACGAUAUGGAAUUAGGAGAAUAGGUGGAUUAUUCCUAGGAUUAUUCGUAGUUAAAGUACACCGAAAAAACUCGAAUAUCCAUGUGCAGAAUCUCAUUUGAUGCUAAAAUGGUAUCAUUGAAAUCCCGAAGUCUUCCUCCAAAUCGAGCACUUCAUUAUUUUACUUAUUUUCGAACCAUUGCACAUGAUUCGAGAAGUGGGUCAAAACCGAUUGGUUUAACCUGAAAAUCCGAUGCAUCGCAUCCAGUUGUGUACCUAUCGAUGUAACCUUCCAUAUAUCAUCGUUCCGCCAAACAUAUACCCAGAUGAAUGUCUUCUGAUAGUCAUCCGCGUUAAAAACUCUUCUAAUUAGCAUGCUGGAGGGGAAAGUUUAAAGAGAAGGAAAUAAUAAAAUCGUUGUUUUCGUUCGCGAGUGAGUUAUCGAACCAAGAGAUCAUUUGACGUGUAUGUGAACGCUGAAAAUUAGCACUAUUGAAAUCAGGUCGUAUAAGGUAGCUCAUGUAGAUCAUAUGUGUAUAUAACACGGUAGGGUAACCUAAUCGGGGUUAGCGUGCCAACUAGGCGACAGGGUCGUUCUCGUAUGUUUCAACCGUUUCAACGUAUCGACCAGCCGGCCGGUAGCGGUGGAGGAGAGCGCAGUGCCCUGUCGUCACAGCCUUCACUGACGCCACCAUACGGAGCAUCCCGGGACCACAAUUCCUCUUACUGUCUCGCUCUUGAUCUCCCUUCCUCUCUCACUCUUUCUCUCUUUCUCUCUCUCACACGCAUACACGCACUCCCUCUUUCUUUCUAAUUGAGUAAUCUUGACGAAAGAGGAUGGAGAUAUUUGUGAUCAGAGGAUUCGGAGAGAAGGAUUGCGUAGCGGGAAAAGUACAGUUGUGUAUGUGUUUGUGUAUAUGUGUGUAGCGAUAGACAGAGAUAGAGAAAGAUGGUUGGUGGUGAUUGACAACAUGUGCGCGUCGGAGGAGCCGCAAGCACGUUGUCGUGAUCAUCUUAGUAUUUGAUUUGAAUAUGCGACGGUGCUUUGAAAGGAUUUACCGGUGAUGAGGUGAUACGCUGGAGGGUUGAUUGGUAGUUAAGUAAUUGAACGGAAAUAGUCUGGUUUGAUAGAAGUGCAGCAGAGAUCAUGCCGAUUUGUCAGUUUCCCAUGAUUCAAUAGUGAAGACGGAAAGUGGGGAGUGAAUCCAGUUGGAUCGAAGGUAUCACGGUGCAUGUGGAGGUGUGACUAUAUAUUUACAUGAGAGGGAAGUACCGGAAGUAUAUAGAUUGAGUAUCGGUUGGAAAGAAGAGUAGUAGCAUCAUGAGGCUAGAGAGGGAUAGGGAAAAAUAAGUUGCGAGUGUGUCGCAGAUCGUGCGAAGGUAGCAAGUGUGAAAAGGCUGAGUGAAGAAGGAACGUUGCACAUUGAAUUAAUCCAGUAGUAGAAUUAGUGAUGUGCAGGGUGAUGGAUCGUGUUGCUUGAUUGUGAACGAAUGACUGGAAAUGCUCGUACAGCGUGAAUGCUGCAUAAUGGGUUAGAAAUGAUCAACAGUCAGAUUGUUAUGUUAAUUGAUUAACGUGAAAGUAUAUAUGGAAGUGAGCAUGAUCCCGUUAUACUUAUAAUGAUAAAGUGGUUUCGUAUGGCGAAUAGUUUGGAAGUUUUUGAGAUUUCGUCAUCAGUUAGGGCAGAAGUGGAGUCAACGGACGUCAAUCAUCGAGUUGAAUGGGUGGGCCAGGCACCGAGCGGGCUACGAGGCACAAGCUGAACGCGGUGCCACACCACGUCGGUCACGGGGAACGUCUCCUCGUUAUCGGCGAGCCACCCGCCCCGUGUCGCUGUUACCAUCCAAACAAUCAUCAUUCACCACCUGGAACUAUUAUUCUACCUUCACCCCCGCCCCUCGGAUCACUGCACGCACGUAACAGCUUCAACGCAACUAUCAAUCUCGACAGCAUAAACAACAAUAAUAACUAUAACGACAACAACGCAAGUCAACGCAACAGCAAUCACAUCGGUACAAACGAAAAGAGCAAUCACGCCAAGGUCAUCGCAGCUGACGAUACAGUCAAGAAAGCGGCCAUGUCAUCCCCGCCGAAGCACCGCCGGGGCUUUGAUCCCAACGACUCUUCAAACAAUGAUUUUCGUCGCUACCGUCGUGUCAAGACGCGACAACGAGGCUUUGUAUGUUCCCAUCGUGACCUUCAAGGCUGGGCACACAGACCUCCUUGAACCUCCAUGAACCUGACACAUCCAAGAGCACAGGCACGUCCAGUACACGCUUGCGAUGUUUGAUGUUGGAUCGCUUGGCUACCGGUUCGCUCGAUGGGAAGUCGUCGCGAUGUUUCGAACGAAUAAAACUAAAAAUAAUGACAAAAAUAGAAACAAAAAUAUUAAUAUGAAUAAUAAAAGCUGGUUUUGCGACAAAAUAAA